AUGGAGCUGCGAGCAACCAGAAACAGCGCGCCAAUUUUGCAGCUUUUCGGUCCUACGAUCGCAGACUACCAGACUCUAGUAAACGAUAGGCUCAAUUUACGCUGGGUCCAGGAGCCCUCUAAAACUUCCCGAAGAACAAUCUGGAUGUUCUUCCCCCCCGGACAAAUUGGGGGAUUCGCAGCCCUGUGCGGAUUUCUGGGGGUUGACAUCUCCGACUGCAUGGAGGAAGCUAGUUUAGUUAAUACUCAGCCGCCCACUAUCUCCGUUGUAGACCGUCUUGACGUCGCCGUCGAUCUGCGCGGAGAAACAAUGCCACAAAGUGCCAAGCGACGCAUGUACCGGGAUUCGCAACAUGGGACUCCCUGCUAG